AUGCAGGAGCCUCCUCUUCCUCGUCGUUUCGAGCACACGCUCCCGUUGCAGCGGCGGCCGCCCCGCCUCCGCCGCAACAGCGGCUCGGGUGCGACCGCCCCCGCGUCGGCGUCGGCGUCGGCGGCGGGCACGCCCACGGCGGCCGCCGACGUCUACAACGAAGACUACAACUACGCCUACCGCAGCAGCACCGACCAGGACAGCGUGGACGAGCGCUACUACAGCCUGGAGGCGGACGCGCCCCCAGCCUCCAAGGCGCGCGGCCUGCAGCGGAACCAGGCGGACUCGCUGGAGUCGCGGGAGGACGAGCUGCGCGAUUCGUUCGAGACGGCCGCGUCGUCGACCAGCUCGAGCCAGGCGCAGCGGUCGCGCUACCAGGAGUACGGCGCGACCACGACCACGACCACGACCACGGCAGCGGCCGCGCAGCGCUACCCGGACUACGCGGGCAGCCCGGCGCAGCGCUACCAGCAGCACGCCUACCCCGAGUACUCGGCCGCCACGACCACGACCACGACCACGCCGGCCGGCGGCCAGGGCCAGGGAGCGCAGCGCUACGCCGACUACCAGCAGAGCGCGCUGGUCGCGGGCCCGCGCUACGAGGAGUACCCCAGCCCCACGGCCACGACCGGGCUGCCGUACGAGGAGUACGCCAGCCCCGGCGUCGCGCAGCGCUACCAGGACUACGACGCCAUCGCCACUGCGCCGCCGGCUACGACGGCGGCUUCGGCCUUUAACGCACAGCAGCAGCAGCAGCAGCAGCAACAGCAAUAUGGUAGGAUGUUCAGCCGCACGCUCAGCCGCAGCGCGGGCCGCUCCGGCCGCAGGACUCGCUGGACAGCUGCGCCGAGGAGGUCGCGCUCGCCACCUCCUUCCAUGGCACCGACUCGCCUCCCAGUGUGCCAGAGCAUAAAUACGAGUCGCAGACUGUACGACUCCAGUUUUGGCCGCAGGUUCGCCGCGGGCUCCGGCCGCGACUCCACGGUGUCCGUGCAGUCAACGAUGGCGGACCGGUUUGCGGGCAGCGGCGGCCGCGACUCUUCCACGUCGGUGGUGCGCGCCGGUGACCGCUACCCGAGCAGGGGCGGCGCCAGCGACGCCGAGCUGGACCGCUAUCCUGGCAGGGGCGGCGCCAGCGACGCCGAGCUGGACCGCUAUCCCGGCAGGGGCGGCGCCAGCGACGCCGAUCUGGACCGCUGCCCCGGUAGGGUCGGCGCCAGCGACGCCGAUCUGGACCGCUAUCCCGGCAGGGGCGGCGCCAGCGACGCCGAUCUGGACCGCUAUCCCGGCAGGGGUGGCGCCAGCGACGCCGAUCUGGACCGCUACCCCGGUAGCGGCGGCGCCAGCGACGCCGAUCUGGACCGCUAUCCCGGCAGGGGCGGCGCCGAUCUGGACCGCUACCCCGGUAGGGGCGGCGCCAGCGACGCCGAUAUCGACCGCUACCCCGGUAGGGGCGGCGCCAGCGACGCCGAGCUGGACCGCUACCCCGGCAGGGGCGGCGCCAGCGACGCCGAUCUGGACCGUUACCCCGGCAGGAGCGGCCAGGGCGACGGCGAGCUGGACCGGUUCUCGCAGUACGACCGCGACUCGCCCGUGGUGCCGGCGCCGCUGUACGCCGUGCCCGUCUCCAAGGAGGUGAGCCGGCCCUCUCCACCCACCUACCCAGCUCACAAGUCCUCUCCCCAACUAGAGUACAGCGGCCGAACGAGCCCCGGCGGCAGCCAGAUGGACAAGCUGGGCUCCAGGGGCAGCCCGCCGCCCGCGCUGGGCACGCUGCACGGCCGCGCCGGCCUCAGCCCGUCGGCGUCGGCGGCGCAGCUGGACCGCUACCCGGCGUCGCCGCCCGCCGCGCAGCUGGACAAGUACCCGCCGCCGCCGCCCCCGCAGCUGGAGGGCCGUUUCGGGGGCGGCCGCUCGACGCCCCAGCAGCAGCAGCAGCACGAGGGCCGGUCGACGCCGUCGACGCAGCUGGACAAGUACCCCGGGCCGGCGAGCCGGCAGGCGUCUUCGCUGUCGGAGCACCGCUACGGGCGCGACUCGCCGACCGUGGUGGCGCCGCCGCCGCCGGCGCUGCUGGAGCGCUUCGCGACGCCGCCCGCCGCCCCCGAGAACAGCCUCAUCGAGCCGUACGUGCCGCCCCCGCAGCAGCAGCACGCGGCGUCGCCCCCGCAGCCGGGCACGGCCACCGGCUCGCUCGAGCUGAGCCGCACGCCCAGCGAGGAGCCGCCGCCGUCCAGCGAGGCCAAGUCGAAGAGCGUGUCCUUCGAGGACGAGGAGCAGUCGUCGCCCGCGCCCGUCUCGCUCGUCGUGCACCCGCCGCCGCCCGCCGAGAAGCCCGAGCGCCGCGUCCUGUCGGCCCGCGACCGCUGGCACUGGGCCUACAGCAAGAUCGUCAUGCAGCUCAAUGUGAGUACCGGCAGCACGCGACCGUCCCGGCACUCCGCCCCCGUCCAUUCUCACGCGUCUGCAUUGUCGCCUCAGUCUACAGCAGUCUUCUAA